AUGGCUCUACCCGUGACCAAACCAGCCCCAACACCCACCGUCACUUCGGCACCAACUUCCCUCUCAUCUCCAUCUUGCCAUCCAACUUUUCCCAGAAGAGCGAGAUGCUCCCCACACCCUACACCAGACGCAAGGCCCAACGCAGAGAAUGAAUUCUUCCUGUAUUCAUCCUACACAGCACGCCUCCGCCAUGAGCGAGACAUCUGGCGCAUCCGCUCCGCAGCCCAAGACAACCGGCUCGCACGCCAAUCACACACCAUCACCAGCCUCCACGCCGCCAACGAAGAAUCCAUCAGCGGGAAAAAGAACCUCCAUUCCCGCCUCCUAGCCCUAAUGCAAAGUCAUGAAAAACUCGCCGACAGCUUCAACGCCGCAAAACGCGCACUCGAAAAGCUCAAGCGAAGUGAUCGCAAAAAGACUACUCUGCAGCAGCGCAACUUGACGCUCAAGGCUACUCUGCACCGCAUCAUGACGCGCGCCGCGCCAGACGCCGUUCAGGCUGAGUCGGAUGUCAAGGCGAGUUUGCGCGAAGCGUUGGCCUUGGCGACGGAGCGGAUUGCAGAGUUGGAGGGUUCGGGGGAAGCGCUGCUUGAUGCGCUUGAGAAGCUGGGUGAGAGUAGCGAUAGCGAUGAAGAUGAUGAUGGUGGUGAAGAGGAGAGUGGUGAAGGCGAGAUCAUCCCCAGCCACAGCUUAGUGGCGGCGGAAGUUGCGUUUCGCGGCGUGUUGGAUGAUGAGUCGUAUGCAGAGCAGAUGGAGAACUGGAAGGAGUUGUUGGAGGACUGA